AUGUUAGCUGUUGUCUUCUCCGUAGCUCGCUCUUCGCGCUUAAGUCGUGAUUUGCAUACCCAGGCCAGGGAUGAGCGAGAAUACGAAGUGAUGUGCUUCUCGACAUUGCUAUGGGAGGUAAAAGUUCUAUUGAAGCAUAAUCAGAGGAUCGUUCCAGAACAAGAAGCGAACGCUCCCACCGCCUACUUUAAGGCGCAGAUAAGGAUGCAUGCAAGCUGUGACUGA